AUGGCCAAAGAGCACGGCAAACUCAUUCAGGUUGCUAAAUCAUCAUCAGUGCUGCAACCAACAAGCAGCUACAUCGACAGCGACGGCAUUGGACAGCUGGGCGGUGCAAAUUGUUCAUGGUAA